AUGAACAUAGACAUACUGUAGAUAGGUUAAAGAAAGCUGAGAAUGUUAUUGAAAAAUAUAGAAAGAAACUCGAUGAGGCUGCAGAUCUUAGAAGAACACUUAAAGCUUUGGAACAGGACAAUCGUCAACUUGUCGAACGCAACCAAGUUGUAGAAGACGAAUAUCGCAAGGUUGCCGCUUACAAGUCUUUAAUGGAAAAUUAUAAGAAGCAGAUCGAUGCUCUUCAGGUUGAAAAGGCGGAACUAAUCACUCAAAAUAAUAAACUUGAAUAUGAAAAUAAACAUAUGCGAACAAAAAUAGAAGCUCAUGAAAUCGCACAAUCUCGUGACAUGGAAAGCAUACGUUUAUUGGAAGAUCGUGUAAGAGAACUUGAAAUGGGUGAUG